GCUAUUCCUUUCUAAACGCGUAGCAACAGCCUAGACCUAUCUCGCGCACGCGCGCUCGCACACACAGGAUUAAACAGAAGUCAUGAUUCUUCAGAGCACUCACCAGUGACUAAGCCGUAAGAAAGAAGCUCUCUCUUUUUUGUUAAACGGAACUAUCAGUGCCUCUUCAAAUCCAGUUAAUCUCUACGGGAUGUCCCUGAUCCGAUCAUUCCGUUGUUAUCUCCACAUAACCCCAUUAUAAUGGUGGGAUCACGGCCAGGGCCACAAAUGUUUAGAGAACUCUCUGUGAAACACGGUCUGACUAAGUACUACUAUGUUUCAUUAUUGUCUGUAGGACAAAUACUAACGGCGUAGACCUUAUAUGAUCAAUUUAAUUGGGUUUAACAUAAUCAACUUUUCUCUGCGGAUUCACCACAACGCCAGAUAUCGUUUAAUGGAGGUGUCCUCCCACCUCUAAGUGAAAUCACCAAAGACAGGAAAACGAUGGAGUCUGUGCUCCCAAAUCAAAAGGACGUCAGACGGGUCCCCAAACCCCUCAUGGAGAAACGGAGGAGAGAUCGUAUCAACCACAGUCUGGAAACCUUACGACUUUUGUUGUUGGAGAACACAAGUAAUGAGAAACUGAAGAAUCCCAAGGUGGAAAAGGCAGAGAUUUUGGAGAGUGUGGUCAACUUCCUGAGGACAGAGCAGGAAGGAGAACAACAGCAUCAGCAAACGAAAAGAGGCCACUCCAAAGAGGGUGGGGAAGAGCAGAGGUCCCUCUGCAAGAGGAAGCAGCAUAACUACCGUGAGGGCAUGAGGUCAUGCCUACUAAGAGUCAGCCACUUUAUAGCAACCAAGAGCCAGGAGUUGGAUGAGCCCAGCCACGAUGCUGAUGCCCCACCUCAGAGGUCCCGCAUGGGGCUCACCCAUCCUCCAUCAUCUGCCCAGCUCCAUGGUACAUCAUCUUCCACCCCCGACCAAACUCCCCUGGCUAGACAGCAGCUGCCACAGCCUCACCCAGGCCCAGGUCUGAGAACUGGCCUCGGUAUCAUGGAGCGUCUUUCCCCCUCCAAGCCGUCCAUGGAACACAGUGACUCUGUGUGGAGGCCAUGGCCACAGCAGUGAUUGACAGCCUCCAAUGAUCUGCACAGUUGGGGUCCCAGUUCGGCACCAGAGAUAAGGUUGUAGAACUUCUAACAGCUGCCCGCUCAUCAACUGCCCAGCAGGGAUGGGAUGGAGAAGGUUGAUUGGCAAUAGGUAGUGAUUGGGAGUAGAGUGGACAGUGAAGGGAAGUGGAGUAGACAGUUCAGGGUGAAAACGGUGGGGGCUGACUGGGUUAGCUGUGUGACUCUCGGUAGACUGACUGUCAUUUGGUUAAAUGUACAUAUUGUAUAUAUGGAUUACUUUAUUUGUUCACAAUAUGAACAGAUACUGUCGUGGAAAUGCCAAUAUAUGUCAAUUGUUUCCAUACGUCUACUAUACAAGGGAAAUAUGGCAAACUGAAUUUCCUUUGGAACAUUUUUUUGUGUGUAUUUAAAAAUACAAAGGGGAAUCUGAUAACCACCCAUUAUGUCAUUUUUUGGGGGCUUCUUUGGGGUUCAGGGUUCUGCCCCUUUCUCAGGCAUGUCUGCUAAUUAUAUUUGUAAGUUUAAUGUUGAUUUCUUUUUUAAUCACGCUCAAAAACCACAAGUCUUUCUAUUUUUUUUGAGACACUGAAGGUAAACAAGAUGUUUGACUCUCAAUCGUGUAUUUUUUUUCAAUAUAAACCUCUGUGGCCUUGCUAUGGCACGAGACUUUGUGUGGUGAUAUAUUAUUAGACAAGUUAAGACAAUAUAGCCUUGAUUAAAAUACAUGUUUUCUUAUCGUUUUUAAGGGCAUAUAAGAUAACAACUGCAUUCAACUGUAUUUUUUGAUGAGUGGUUUCACUAUUUUUUUUUAACCAGGCAAACCAGUUAAGAACAAAUUCUUAUUUACAAUGAUGGCCUCGGAACAGUGGGUUAAUAACUGCCUUGUUCAGGGGCAGCACGACAGAUUUUUCCCUUGUAAACUCAAGGAUUUGAUCUAGCAACCUUUCAGUUACUGGCCCAAUACUCUAAACACUAGGGUACCUACUGCCCCAUUGUGCUAGUCUUGCUGGUUUACAUUGUAAACUAAAAAAGUGUUUUGUCCAUGUGAGAAACCACUGACAUCCUGUUUAUGUUAAACAUGGCAAAAAAUGUUGUCCUGUAUUUUUUUUUUAUAUUAAAAUCGAGUGAAAGUGGA